AUUUGUACAAAACAAACAUGACCUUUGAACUGAGUUGAGUAUUAAUUAUUAUGAGAUGAUCAAUAUUUAUUUCAUCGACCUUAAUGAUUACUAUAUUUAUCUAUUUAAUCUAUCGAUUUAUUGUUCUAAAGAUUUGAUUAGAACAUUUUCUCUCAGGCCAGUGGUAACCAGUAUGCACGUUCUAGUUGGAGGUAUAUCAUCAUUUUUUUUUUUUGUGAAUUACACUUAGUUGUAGUGAUGGUCGAAGAGGUUUAAUAACCUUUAAUUUUGAAUAAAAGUCAAAUUCAUUGUAAUUCUUUUUUGUCAGAUUUUAUUAGGGGGGGGCAUAGUUAUAUUUUUGCCCUCUUCGUAUUUUGACCAAGGAGACAUCUGCCCCCCUUUCCCCUGGUUCCGGCACCACUGCUGAACUGUAAUUAAUAAAAUGUUUCUGACUAUGGCUGGAAGACAUUGGCUUUUAGUGAUUUUCCAAGUCAUAAAUUACAUUUUAAUAUUAAAAGGCACGAAAAUAAUAUCAUCAGAGGAUAUAUUCAGUAGUAUGGCAUUUGUGUUCGAUACUACGGGUUCAAUGUAUGAUGACUACAAUCAGUUAAGAUCUCAUGCUGAAGAUAUAAUGAGCUACGUUUUAAAAAGAAAUGAUUCUAAUAUUAGACAUUUUGUGUUUGUUCCUUUUAACGACCCGGUUGUAGGGCCUGUAUCAGAAAGUUUUGUUCCUUCUGUAAUUAUGCAUAAGAUUAAUAAUAUUGUUGUAUCCGGAGGAGGUGACUGUCCAGAAAAAGGUGUAACAGGAGUAAUUGAAGCAUUGAAAGUCGUCAGACCUAAUUCUUACAUUUAUGUAUUUACCGAUGCGUCAGUGAAAGACUUCGAUAAAGUGCCCGAAGCAUUAGAUCUCAUUCAAAGAAAACAAGUUCAAGUGAUUGUUUUAAAAACGGGAGACAAUUGUUUAUCCGAGGAUAGUAGUUACCAUAGCAUUGCGUCGAUGGGAUCGGGUAAUGUAUUUGAUGUUCAAAAAAACGAUGUUUCAAAAGUUUUAGAUUUUGUUAAAAUAUCAAUGGACACUAACCGCGUAAACAUGCUGUCGGUAGAUAUACCAAUUAGUCAAUUAAUACCAUCACCACAUAAACUCAAUAUUGAUGACUCAGUAAAAAAUUUAGUAGUUUCUGUGUCUGGUCAGACUCCAAACUUGGACGUAAUAAAUCCAGUGGGUAAAAAAUUGGAUGAAUCUGAUGGUUUAAUGAUUGAUUUAGAUUUGCCAAAUGUUAAGAUUGUUACAGUUAUAGAACCAAUGCCUGGUGAGUGGACAAUUUUUGUGGCAAGUAAAUCGGCACACGCAAUUCGUGUUUGUGGAACAAGUACAAAAAAUUUUGACUACGGAUUUGCUAUUACAAGGCCGGGUAGUAUUACUCAUACAAGUCAUAGACCAUUGAAAGGUACUAACAAUUACAUAUUAGUUAAAUAUGAGGAUGUCCAGAAGUAUUUAUCUUGUGAGAUUAAAGACUUACGCAGCGAUGGAAAAUUUGCAACACUUCCUAUUUUUAACAUCAGCAAAAAUAUGUUAUUAUGUGGUCCAUUUAUGCCAGGCAAUAAUCCUUUUUAUGUUCAAGUUUUUGGAAAAAAUAAUAAUGGAAAUUUUUUUAAACGAAUAACAAAAACAAGUAUAACACCAGAUGAUCCUGAAAAACCAUAUAUAACUACUCCUAAAAGGGUUUUAGUUGUAGCAGGUGAAGAACUACGAAUUAUUUGCCGCAUAGAAUCUUUAGUUCCAUUUAAUGUAGCUUGGAAUGUACUAAACGAACCUUCUCAAUUUUGGAAAUUUAACCAAAGUUCAGAAAUAGAACUACUUGUAUCUAAUGUUACCUUAAACCAUUCUGGUACUUACGAUUGUAAUGCAAAUAAUAUCGCUGGUAGCUCAAAUAGUUCAACUAUCGUCGAAGUUGUGGAGAGACCUAUGAUUGAUGGAAGUUCUAACGAUGAAUCAAUAGUUAUAUUUGAAGGUGAAGAUUUUUCAACUGAUUGCAAGGGGCAUGGAAUACCAGAACCAUUUGUAGAAUGGAUUUUAAAAGGGACAUAUAUACCGGCUCAUAGUGAUCAUAUUUUUGUCAUAAAUGGUACAAAUAGAUUAGUUAUAUAUGACGCCACUUUUAACGAAAGUAAUGAUUACACUUGUCGAGUCUCCAACGAAUAUGGCAUGUCUGAAAAACACUUCCGAGUUACAGUUCGUGGUUAG